CAUGUUGCUGACCACAUCUCCAACAAUGAUCUGACUUGUGGUGGAAUAGGCGGUGGAUUUUCCUGGAAGUAAGAUCUUGGAGAGACAACAUCAAUAUAAACUCAUAAAAUGUCAACCAAAGCCACUAAAGGACCAGCACGUAAACCCAAACCAGUAGUUGUGAAAACUACUUUAAAUAACCCUUAUGACAUUGAUUGGAAUACAGUUGUAGGAGAUGACAUGCAGUUCAUAUUGCAGACAUUAAUGGAAAAAUUUAACCAUGUUGGACUUAAAAAAAUAGAAAUGAAAACUGAAGGAAAAAAAGCAAAGAAAGAAACACCAAGUACUAAUGGAAAGAAGAAAAAAGAGAAAGGGAAAAAGACAAAAGACUCUGAUGUAGAAAUAAAAUCAUGUGAGGAAGCAGAUAAAGAAGAGCUCCAAAAAGAAAGUGAAAACAAGCCUGGCUGGACCCAUGUUGAUCUAAGGAAGCAGUUGGCUAUAGGGAUUAAUGAGGUUACCAGAGCUUUGGAAAAAAAUGAGGUGUACUUGGUGCUGGUUUGUAAGUCUGCCAAACCUACUUUGAUCACAAAGCACCUUGUUGAACUAAGUGCAAGUCGUGAAGUUCCAGCAUGCCAGUUGCCUCGCUUGAGUGAGAACAUUGCGCCAGUACUUGGACUGAAGUCGGUAUUGGCCCUGGGUUUUAAAAAGUCAUCAGAUGUUUUCUUGGAAGAAGUAAAAGCCGUAAUUUCACGAGUCCCGCCAUUAAAAGUUCCAUGGUUGCAAAGUGAAUCCCAGAAAGCAGAGUCCUCAGAGGAUGAACUUGUAAUCGAUGAAGAAUCCAGCAGUGAACCAAAAAAAAGGCGUAAACGCAAGAUCGGUGAAAGUGAAGAAAAGACGUCCAAAACUAAAUUACAGGGUCUUAAAGUUAAAAAGAUUGUUCCUAAUCCAAAUAAAGUCCGAAAAGUUAAAAAUAAGAAAAAUGUUGGCACUAAAAAGUAAAUAAAUGUUAUUUUUAUGUUGUAAAA